AUGUGUAUGACAAAGGGAAGCGAUAGUGCUCCAACAGGGGAGAAGAUGGAUUUAAGGCUGCCUACCAGUAUAAAGCCAGAGACAUAUGAUUUGCAGAUAGUGGUAAAAGAGAACACAAGUGAAUUUAAAGGGGUGGUUGUUAUUAUGGCAGAUGUACAUGAAGAUACUGAUAAAAUAUCUUUCCAUAAGAAAGGACUAAGUAUUGAUACUAUUCGUGUUGUAAGCUUAGGAUCUGGUGGUGAGAAAGAUAUUGGUUUGACAAAUUCUGUGAAGGGGCUAUCUGAUGAAACACCAAAUUCAAUUGUUACUAUAAGCGUACAGGAGAGGUUGAAGGCACAGAGUAAAAUACGAAUAGAAAUGGAGUAUACUGGUAAAAUAUCUGAGGAUAUGGCAGGGUUUUAUAAGAGUGAGGAUAAAGAAGGGGGAGUGACUAGAUAUAUUUACUCUACACAAUUUGAAGCUACAUCUGCACGGCUGGCAUUCCCUUGCUGGGAUGAGCCGGAAUUUAAGGCUGUAUUUAACAUCUCUAUUACAGCACCAUCCAAGUUUACUGUUCUGUCAAAUGCUGCACUGGCUGAUGCAGAGAAGAAUGUGAUGGUUUCAGCAGAGGGUGAGGAGAAAGGUGCGGUUUACACCAGGCACACUUUCAAGCCAACUCCUAUUAUGUCCACAUACUUAGUGGCGUGGGUGAUUGGAGAGUUAGACUAUGUUGAGAAGGAGAGAAUCAAGGUGUACACUCCGCUGAACCAAAAGGAGACGGGAGUGUUCUCCUUGGAGGUGGCUGUGCGGUGCUUGAAAUUCUUUGAAGAGUUCUUUGGGAUUGAGUACCAGAUGGAGAAGCUGGAUAUGGUGGCUAUUCCUAAUUUCUCAGCAGGUGCCAUGGAGAACUGGGGACUUGUUACUUACAGGUCCUCAUCUCUUCUCUACCGAGAGGACAGUACAAGUGAAAUAAACAAAGUGUACAUUGCAGAGACUGUGUGCCACGAGCUGGCUCACCAGUGGUUUGGAAACCUUGUGACAAUGAAGUGGUGGAAUGACCUAUGGUUGAAUGAAGGAUUUGCCACGUGGGCAGGAACUCUUGCAACAGAGUACAUGGCAGGGGACAUGAAGCUUGUGUAUAAUCCUUGGGAACUGUUUCUAGAAAGCGACAUUACUAGAGGAAUGAUUAUGGAUGGAAAGCUUUCUACCCAUCCUAUAAAUGUGAAGGUAGAGUCGGUUGGAGAAAUAUCCUCCAUAUUUGAUGCUAUUUCAUACUCAAAGGGUGCAUCUAUGAUACACAUGUUGUCAAAGUAUCUGAAAGAAGAGAAUUUCAUGAAGGGCUUACGUAACUACAUACAGAAGCACAAGUACAAGAACACAGAGACUAACGAUUUGUGGAAGGAGCUUGAUAGUGGAGAUAAAGAAAUUGAGAAUUCCAUGAAGAACUGGAUAGAUACCCCCGGAUUCCCUAAAGUACAGGUUUCCCUGAAAGACGGAAACUUUGCUCUGAAACAGUCAAGAUACCUGCCUGCAAAGGACCUUUCUGCAGUCAGUGGAGAGCGGUCAGAGCAGUGGAUGAUCUUCUUAACCAAGAAAAUAUUUACAGGUGGAUCAGAGGCUGAGGAGAAGUCUAUACUAUUUUCAGAGAAGAAGAAAGAGCUUCCAGAAGUUGAUGGUCAGGUUAUGUUUAAUGCAGAUGCAACUGGCUUUUAUUUAAUAGAGUACUCUGAUGAAAUGCUUGAGAAGCACAUCCUUCCACUACUUGAGUCAGAUAAGCUUUCACAGUUUGACAGAUUCGGAAUAUUCAGAGAUGUAAUUAGGCUGUCAAAAGACGGCCACAAGAGUGCACUCUACUCUCUGAACUUUGUGCAAUACAUGGCAAAGACUGAAAGGUCCUUUGUUGUGGCACUUGUAGCAGAAUACUUAGAAAUGAUAAGAAACAGAUUUAAGGAAGACAAGGAAAUUGAACUGGCUGUUUCAACAGAAAUUUCAAACCUUCUACAGCAAUACAUCGAUGGCCGUCUAAACUUUGAAACCACACCAGAGGAUGCAGAAGAAAAGAAGCUAGCAAUUAUUGCAGUGAGCUGCCUCUCACAGAUACAGGACUCUCCUAUACAGAAAGAGGUUUUAAGGCUUGCAGAAACAAACGAGCUUUCAAAAGUACACAAGGACUAUAAGAUGAGCAUGUACAUUUCUUACGCUAAGUUUGGAGGGGAGAAGGCAUACAAAUACCUUGAAAGUAUAAUACAGAGUAGUACGGCAGAUGAGAAUGAGAAGCUAAGGGCAGUCCGUGCCAUUUCCUUCAGUGAAGAGAAUGUGGCAGAUGCAUUUAAGCUGUUUUCUGAGAGAAACCACUACAUUAAAAGCCAGGAUAAGUUCAGAAUGGCAGAUGGUCUUGCCAGGAAUAAGAAGCAGAGAAAGACCCUGGAUAUGUUCUUAUCUAGCUUUAAUGAUAUAAAAGAGCAGUUCUUAACCACUAAAGACAAUGUUGCUCGCUUUAUUGAAGUGUUUAUUUCUGUUCAGUACACCAGAGAAAAUAUCGAAGUGUGCAGAGAGUUCUUCAGUAGAAAAGAGAAUAAUGACGAUGCCUGGGUCUCUGCUAUAAAGAAAGGAUUUGAUGCAGCAGAGAACUCAAACAGAUUCUAUGAAGAGAACAGAGGCACGCUGAAAGCGUGGGCAGCUGAUGAAAAACAGGAAUAAAUAGUUAUCCGAUUUGAAUCAAUAUCCAGAAGAUUACAAAAGGC